GAAGUGUCCUGCCACGCUAGGCAAAGAGCUUCCGGGUCCUGAAAGGUAACCUGUGCUCGCCAUGGCCGCGCCUGUGGUGGGGAAGAGGAUCGUGUUUGUCACCGGAAACGCCAAGAAGCUGGAGGAGGUCAUUCAGAUUCUAGGAGAUAAGUUUCCAUGCACUUUGGUGGCACAGAAAAUUGACCUGCCGGAAUACCAGGGAGAGCCGGAUGAAAUUUCCAUACAGAAGUGUCAAGAAGCAGCUUCUCAGGUACAGGGACCUGUGCUGGUAGAGGAUACCUGUCUGUGCUUUAAUGCCCUCGGAGGGCUCCCUGGCCCCUACAUAAAAUGGUUUCUGGAAAAGUUAAAACCUGAAGGUCUCUACAAGCUUUUGGCUGGCUUUGAAGACAAGUCAGCCUACGCACUCUGCACUUUUGCUCUCAGCACUGGGGAUCCCAGUGAGCCAGUGCACCUGUUCAGGGGCAAGACAUCCGGCCAGAUUGUGAUGCCACGAGGAAGCCAUGACUUUGGCUGGGACCCCUGCUUUCAGCCUGAUGGGUGUGAGCAAACGUAUGCAGAGAUGCCCAAAGCUGAGAAGAAUGCCAUUUCCCAUCGCUUCCGGGCCCUGCUCAAGCUCAAGGAGUACUUGGGCAGUGUGACUCCUCCUGAGACUGGCAGUGGUCACUCAGACCAGGGAUGUGGGGAUGGCUAGCCUGGUAACCCCUCCUCCCCAUCAGGCAAGCACCCCUGCAAGUAUUUCUUGGGGUUUAUCCUUGCUGGGGGUGCCUAAGAGGCCUCAGCAACCAUGUCUGGAAGAACAAUUGGCUCUGUUUAGAGAAACUCUGCACAAGUUGACACUAGCUUCUUCCCUUGGGGAUUCAGGGAUUGCUCUUAGAGCCUCUGGGUGUGGGCUCCUGAGAAGAUCUUGGGUAUUAACACAGCCUUGGCAGGGCUGAGAGUUAUGGAAGAACCAUGCAAGCAGCCUUUGAUAUGUUUAUAAUCCAGCAAAUUAAAAUUCUGGAAGGCCCUUGUUUCUAAAAUAAAUGAGGUAUCUGUUUGGAGGCCUGAA